AUGAGUCAUGCGACGAUGGAUACCGCGGAAAGAGAGGACAGCCAAGCUGGGUGUUUCUCUGACAGCGCUGGCAUGCAGACAUAUUCAUUGAACACCAGCUUGGGUGCAAUGCAUCUUAUGAGUCGAAUAAAUAACGAGAUGAGUUUAGUGGAAGAUACCGCGUCAGGUUCAUUUGGCGUGGUGAAAAGAGGCAUAUUUGACCUUGACUGCCAGUGCUAUGCGGUCAAGCAGACGAAACGAGCGAUAUGCGGUGAAAGCGACCUCCAACACCAACUACAGGAGACUUAUGCCUUAAGCGCAUGUAGUCACCCCAACGUCUUGCGUUACUUUGAUGCCUGGGUUGAAGAUAGGGCCGUUUUUGUUCGUACAGAGUGGCUCCCGGACGGGUCCGUGGCCGAGUUUGAGAGGCCGUUGCCAGAGGCGCUGCUGCGUUCCGUUAUACACCAAAUAGCUUCUGCACUACACUGGCUCUGGCGUCAUCAUAUUACGCAUAGAGACGUGAAGCCAGAUAACAUUUUGGCUCAAAAAAUGGAGGAUGGCACGUACGUCUUCAAACUCGCGGACCUCGGACUUGCACGUCCUCUCUUUAUGGAUCACCCUGACAUUGGUGAAGAGUUCUGUGGAACAAAUGAUGACGACGGCGAUUCGCGCUACCUUGCUCCAGACGCCUUCACACUCCCUAAAUUUGCACAGCAAAAGGGAGAGACUGAUGUGUAUGCAUUAGGAGCCAGCUGUGUGGAGCUUAUGGGCGGUGACCCAUCGCUUGUUCGCAGUGGCAAUUAUACGGGAAGCUUUGGUACGUACAGUCCUGAACUGCAACAGUUAGUGCAAUGGAUGACGCGCCCCGACCCAAAAGAACGCCCGGAUACCUUUACGGUGGCGUUGUUGACGGUGGAUCCCACCUUACAAGUCACUGAGGAGUUUGUCUUGCGAAAGUCGGCAAUUGACGAUCUUCGUGCGUCUGUCGCGGAGCUUGAAAAACAAUUUGAGGACACAAGCAACAACGACAACGAGUGGUAA